AUGAAAGUUGUGAUGAAGGAAUUCACUGAGAGUCUUCUCAAUGACGAGGAACUUCGUUCCUCGGUACUCAAAGCUGCAGCAGAGGUGACAUCUGUGGUGGCUGAGGACACAUCAGUUGCUGAUAAUAUCAAGAAGAUAACGGGCAAUCUAUGUCGUUCCGUAUACAAGGACGGAGUGGAGACAGCCCAGUAUUACAUUCCAUUCGUACCCAAACGCGAUACAUCGUACGCGCUUGUUGUAGAGAAUGGUAUUAUAGCUGCAAAGAACGCGUAG